GGGGUCACUAGGGCAGGCGGGGUCCCUGGAAGCCUCUGACCCUGCAUAAAGCAGCCUGUCCUGGCAAGGGACGGUCAUCCUCUCAACCUACGGACCAAGCAAGCCCUAGGCCCUCACCCGAGACCCAGCUGCCGGACAGGACCCAGCCCUCCUCCCAGAGACCAUGACCAUGUUUGAAAAUGUCACCCGGGCCCUCACCAGACAGCUGAACCCUCGAGGGGACCUGACACCCCUUGACAGCCUCAUCGACUUCAAGCGCUUCCAUCCCUUCUGCCUGGUGCUGAGGAAGAGGAAGAGCACACUCUUCUGGGGGGCCCGGUAUGUCCGCACCGACUACACACUCCUGGAUGUGCUUGAACCCGGCAGCUCACCUUCAGACCCAACAGACACUGGGAAUUUUGGCUUUAAGAAUAUGCUGGACACCCGAGUGGAGGGAGAAGUGGAUGUACCAAAGACGGUGAAGGUGAAGGGAACGGCAGGGCUCUCGCAGAACAGCACUCUGGAGGUCCAGACACUCAGUGUGGCUCCCAAGGCCCUGGAGACCUUGCAGCAGGAGAGGAAGCUGGCAGCAGAUCACCCAUUCCUGAAAGAGGUUCGAGAUCAAGGCGAGAACCUGUAUGUGGUGAUGGAGGUGGUGGAGACGGUGCAGGAGGUCACACUGGAGCGAGCUGGCAAGGCAGAGGCCUGCUUCUCCCUCCCCUUCUUCUCCCCACUGGGGCUACAGGGAUCUGUAAACCACAAGGAGGCUGUAACCAUCCCCAAGGGCUGCGUCCUGGCUUUUCGAGUGAGACAGCUGAUGGUCAAAGGCAAAGAUGAGUGGGAUAUUCCACAUAUCUGCAACGAUAGCAUGCAAACCUUCCCUCCUGGAGGAAAGUCAGGAGAGGAGAAGGUCAUCCUUAUCCAGGCAUCCGAUGCUGGGGAUGUACAUGAAGGCUUCAGGACACUAAAAGAAGAAGUUCAGAGAGAGACCCAACAGGUGGAGAAGCUGAGCCGAGUCGGCCAAAGCUCCCUGCUCAGCUCCCUCAACAAACUUCUAGGGAAGAAAAAGGAGUUACAAGACCUCGAGCUGGCGCUUGAAGGGGCUCUAGACAAGGGACAUGAAGUGACCCUGGAGGCACUCCCAGGAGAUGUCCUGCUAUCAAAGGAGGCCGUGGGUGCCAUCCUCUAUUUUGUUGGAGCCCUAACAGAGCUAAGUGAAGCCCAACAGAAGCUGCUGGUAAAAUCUAUGGAGAAAAAGAUCCUACCCGUGCAGCUAAAGCUGGUGGAGAGCACGAUGGAACAGAACUUCCUGCAGGAUAAAGACGGUGUCUUCCCCCUGCAACCCGAGCUGCUCUCCUCCCUUGGGGACGAGGAGCUGACUCUCACGGAGGCCCUAGUUGGGCUGAGCGGCCUGGAAGUGCAGAGAUCGGGCCCCCAGUACAUGUGGGACCCAGACACCCUCCCUCGCCUCUGUGCUCUUUAUGCCAGCCUCUCCCUGCUUCAGCAGCUGAGCAAGGCCUCCUAAUUUGCCCUUUCCAUUUGCCUUAUGCUUCCCUAAUGCCUUCCCAAUCUCAUGGUGCUGUGUCCUUAAGGGCAUUUCAGAGCCAUCAGCGGAAGACAACUGAAAUCUUAGCUGUUCACCCAGAAUAACCAAUAUCCACCUGCCCAACCAUCUAUCACCCCCUACUCCUCCAGCUCUGCAACCCAUUAGCCCAACUGCUGAUGCUUAAAUUUUCUAGAAGAAGCACUCAACUUUCAAAACUAUGAGCCGUUUCAGCAUUACCGAAAACAAAGAUCAAUUAAUUUUCUAUCCUAAUCCCGCCUACUUAUACUUCAAAAAAAAAAAAAACAACAAGUUUUACUGGAAUUAAUGGAAAAUAUUAUGUCAAUCUUAGGAUGAUAUGUCUU